AUGGCCCCUUCUGCGAUCAGCGACCUCCUCCCCUCCGGGCCCCUGGCCUCAAAGUCCAUCACUCCUGGCAAGGAGGAACAUGUGCACGGCAUGGAAGACAAGUCGCCCCUUGCGGCCAUUUCCCACGGCGACGUGAUGUUGCCCGGCGUCCCCAAGUUCGACAACUUUGCCGCCCAACGCCAAUGGCAACUUGAGCACAUGGCCGCAGCUUUCCGCCACUGGGCACGAGAGGGAUUUGUUGAGGGUAUCUCAGGACAUAUCAGUGUGAGAGAUCCGGAGAACCACGAAGUCUUCUGGACGAAUCCGCUGGGUGUGCACUUCGGCCUUCUCAAAGCCAGCGACAUGAUCGCGGUGAACCUGGAUGGCAAGGUCGUGGGAGGCAACAUCACGCGGCCGCCCAACGCCGCCGGCUUCCUGAUCCACAGCGAAGUCCACAAGGCCCGCCCGGACGUCGUCGCCAUCUGCCAUGCUCAUACCGUCUACGGUAAAGCCUGGUCCGUCUUCGGCCGGCCCCUGGAGAUGCUGACGCAGGACUCCUGUAAAUUCUAUAACGCCCACUCGGUCUACAACUCCUUUGGCGGCGUCGUGCUCGCGAGCGAAGAAGGCGCCCAGAUCGCAAAGGCCCUGGGACCGACCAACAAAGCGUGCAUCUUGCGGAACCACGGCCUGUUGACUGUGGGAAAGACCGUGGAUGAAGCCGCUUUCCUCUUCCUCAGCAUGGAACAUGCCUGCCAGGGCCAGCUGCUGGCCGAGGCCGCGAGCCAAGGCGGUAACUUGCCCAAAGUUCUCAUCUCCGAGGAAGAGGCCGCGUACACGAAGAAGAUGGAAAGCGACGAACAGACCUGCUAUGCCGAGUUCCAGGUCUACGUUGAUUGGGAGGAUUAUCACAGCAAAGGCGAGUUUCGGAAAUAG